UACAAUCAAAACCAGUUCCGUUAGUUUUAAAUAGAUAGCAGUACUAACAUAAAAUUGAUUGAAAAUAAAUCACAAAUGGAGUUGAACAAGUGCACGGUUAUGUACGUUAUGUAGUAGAAGAUAGUGACAAAUAAUUAUUUUCAGGAUAUUUCAAAAUUGAUAUGGCACAUCGCUUACUUCAAGCAGUAACACGGGUAGAGAAAUUAUUGUGGAAAGGUGUAAAUCAUGGAGAAAUAAAUUUUGUUGCGCUUAACAAAAAUUUACAAAUCUUACAACGUAACUCAUUUUUUAAUGGAUUCGAAAAUAUUUUACAAGAAUGGAAAUUAUUCUGUGAGAAACCACCAAAAGGUUUUGAAAAAUACUUUAAACCUAGAACAGGUGCAAAAGAAUUGAAAGAUGAUAAAGCAAAACCAAGUGAUGCUGUAAAAGAUGGUAAAAAAGCAGAGGAUGCUAAACGAACUACAGAACCACCGAAACCAAUACCACCACCUCCACUUGGAAGAACGCCUGGACAAACAAACAAACCGUAUGAUCAAUGGUCGUUCGGCUUAUUUGGUGGACCUGGAGGAAGGGGUGGACCAGGUGGUGGUAAAUCAUUCGGCGACAAUGAUCGUGAUAAGUGGUUAAUGUUUGGAGCUGUUGGAGCAUUAUCAAUAUUAGGAAUGUUUGCUUAUAUGGAAAUGAAUUAUAAAGAAAUUGGAUGGAAGGAAUUUGUGCAUAGUUAUUUAUCGCGUGGUAUUGUGGAAAAAUUAGAAGUUGUUAAUAAAAAAUGGGUCCGUGUUAAGUUAACACCUGGCAAUACUGUGGAAAAUGCGAAUGUAUUAUGGUUUAAUAUUGGAAGUGUGGAUUCUUUUGAAAGAAAUUUAGAAAGUGCACAAGUUGAUAUGAACAUAGAACCAGCAAAUUAUAUUCCUGUUAUAUAUAAAACAGAAUUAGAACUAUCAAGUGUUUCUGGUAUUUUACCAUCAUUAUUAAUCAUUGGAUUUUUAGUGUAUAUGAUGCGACGAUCAGCGGACAUGAUGACUGGUCGAGCAGGACGUAAAGGUGGUGGCCUGUUUGGAGGUGUAAUGGAAUCUACCGCGAAAUUAAUUAAUCCAAACGAGAUUGGAGUUCGAUUUAAAGAUGUAGCUGGCUGUGAAGAAGCUAAAAUUGAAAUCAUGGAAUUUGUUAAUUUUCUUAAAAAUCCUCAACAGUAUAUUGAUUUAGGAGCUAAAAUACCUAAAGGGGCAAUGUUGACAGGCCCACCUGGAACGGGAAAGACAUUGUUAGCUAAAGCUACGGCUGGCGAAGCAAAUGUACCUUUCUUAACAGUAUCUGGUUCUGAAUUUCUUGAAAUGUUUGUGGGAGUAGGACCUUCUCGUGUCCGUGAUAUGUUUGCAAUGGCACGUAAACACGCACCAUGUAUUCUUUUUAUCGAUGAAAUUGAUGCUGUUGGUCGAAAGCGAGGUGGUAGAAGUUUUGGAGGUCAUUCAGAACAAGAAAAUACUUUAAAUCAAUUAUUAGUCGAAAUGGAUGGUUUCAAUACAACUACAAAUGUGGUUGUCUUAGCAGCAACAAAUCGUGUUGACAUCUUAGAUAAAGCUUUAAUGCGACCUGGUCGUUUCGAUCGACAAAUAUACGUACCAGCCCCUGAUAUUAAAGGAAGAGCUAGUAUUUUUAAAGUACAUUUAAUGCCUUUAAAAUCAAACUUAGAUAAACUUGAUUUAGCUAGAAAAAUGGCGGCAUUAACACCUGGAUUUACGGGAGCUGAUAUUGCGAAUGUUUGUAAUGAAGCUGCUUUAAUUGCUGCUAGAGACUUAAAAGAUUCAAUAAUAAUGAAACAUUUUGAACAAGCAAUUGAAAGAGUAGUGGCUGGUAUGGAGAAGAAAACAAAUGUAUUGCAACCAGAAGAAAAGAAAACUGUUGCUUAUCAUGAGGCAGGUCAUGCAGUCGCUGGAUGGUUUUUAGAACAUGCAGAUCCAUUAUUAAAAGUUUCAAUUAUACCUCGUGGAAAAGGAUUAGGGUAUGCACAAUAUUUACCAAAAGAACAAUACUUAUAUACUACAGAACAACUAUUUGAUCGAAUGUGUAUGGCUUUGGGUGGACGAGUAUCCGAGGAAUUAUUCUUUGGACGUAUUACUACCGGCGCUCAAGAUGAUUUGAAGAAAGUAACCCAGAGCGCUUAUGCUCAAGUCGUACAUUAUGGUAUGAAUACAAAAGUUGGUAAUGUCAGUUUUGAUAUGCCACAACCUGGAGAAAUGGUUUUAGAAAAACCAUAUUCGGAAAGUACAGCACAAUUAAUUGAUUCAGAAGUACGAGCAUUAAUUAAUAAUGCAUAUACUCGUACUAAAGACCUUCUAGAAAGUCAUCGUGCUAACGUAACUAAAGUUGCUGAACGACUUUUAAAACAAGAAGUUUUGAGUCGCGAUGAUAUGAUUGAAUUAUUAGGUGCCAGACCUUUCCCUGAAAAAUCAACAUAUGAAGAGUUUGUCGAAGGAACUGGUUCGUUUGAAGAAGACACUACGUUACCAAAAGGAUUACGGGAGUGGAAUAAAGAACGCGAAAAGAAAGAAACACCUAUCCCUCCUCCAACACCAAAGGACCCACCAACAAAACCUAAGGUUGCAAUAUAAUUUAUGUUUUUUUUAUAGUAUUAAGAUGUGUCAGUGUAAACUUUGUAGUUUUUGUUUGAAAUGUAAAACAGAAAAAUA